AGAGAAGUCCUAGCUCUGCAUACCAAACGUCGAGACUCUCUGUCCUACGUCUACUGAAGUCGAAUCAUCGUUAGAACAUCAGCAUUUUGAACAAGAACUGGAUAUACUUAAGACAGGAUGGCUGAAAGGAAGGCUGUAAAUAAGUACUACCCACCAGACUGGGACCCCUCAAAAGGUUCCAUCAACCAAUAUGUUGGUCAGCACCCACUCAGAGAGCGUGCCCGCAAGCUGGGCCAGGGUAUUUUGGUCAUCAGAUUCGAGAUGCCCUACAACAUCUGGUGUGGUGGGUGCAACAGUCACAUCGGUAUGGGCGUUCGCUACAAUGCCGAGAAAAGUAAAACCGGCAACUACUACUCCACACCAAUCUACAAGUUCCGAAUGAAAUGCCAUCUGUGCGACAACUACUUUGAGAUACAGACAGACCCAAAGAAUCAUGACUACGUCAUCCUCAAUGGAGCCAGGCGGAAGGAACAGAGAUGGGACCCAAAAGAAAAUGAACAGAUUGUUCCAGAAGACAAGGCAACACAGAAGAAGCUGGCUACAGAUGCUAUGUACAAACUGGAGCAUGGGUCUGACGACCAUCAGAGAGGGAGAUCAGUUCACCACAACCUGCACCACAUUGAGGAGAGCCGCGAAGACUGGAAGGAAGACUACCUCCUCAACAAGGCCCUGCGAGAGAAGUUCAGAGAAGAGAAGAAGGCAAUCAAGGCCAGUGAGUCCAGUGACCGGUCACUACUGGACAAGUCGUCACUGGACAUAAAGCUGCUGGACGAAGAAGACCAGGACAGGAAAAUGGCCGGACUCAUCAAGUACUCAGUCACAGAGUCUUAUGAUGAAAAACAGAAACAGAAGAGAAAAGCAAUUGAAAGUCGUCCCAUAUUUGAAUCAAGUAACAAAAUGCUCAAAGCCAACACAUCUCCAAACAUGCCGAAGGCGAGUCGAUCAGCAGAGAUUACGAAGAAACUUGGUAUUUCUCCGCUUGGAGGCAGCAAAAAUCCAUUUGAUUCUCCAUCCAUAGUCAAGUCGUCGAAGGCACUUGCUUUGGGCAUUAGGAAAAAAUCAGUAGAAACACCUGAAACAUUCCCUUCUAGUAACAAUGGAAGUACAAUAUCGCCUGUGAUACUAUACAGUGACACUGAGAGUGCUAGCUCGGAAUCCUCUUGCCCAGAGUCAGAACAGACUUCAGCUGAUACCGCGGAGGAAAAUGUGAUAUCCUUACCAAACUGUAAAAACAUGGAACAGCAUACCAGCAUUCCAAAAGAUUCAGAAUGUGAUAAUAAAAUGUCUGCUGGAACAGCUCAAAAUGCACUGGGUGCUCUCAUUUCUAAUUACAGUGACAGUGAAGAAGAAAGUUAGAAACAGUUUAUUUGAAAAUAAAUAAUUAUAUUGAA